GUUUAACGCGGCAUCCCCCUCCUUCUUUCCCACUUUGCGAGUUUUUUUCUCGGCACCCAAACAAUUAAGAAUCAAUCAAACCAUCCACGCUUCCAAAACAACCAAACCAACAUCUACAUACAGAAGAAGAAGCAAAACCCGAACAAGUUCGAGAAUAAUCAUGUUGCGAUCCUGUUACCGGCCGUUGGAACGAUGCUUGGGAAGGCGAGGCGGCGGCGAUGGGCUGCUCUGGCACUCUGAAUUGAAGCCGCAUGCUUCGGGCGAUUACUCUAUCGCGGUGGUGCAGGCCAAUUUGUCUCUAGAAGAUCAGAGUCAAGUCUUCGCGUCUCCCUCUGCAACUUAUGUUGGGGUUUAUGACGGUCAUGGUGGUCCGGAAGCCUCCAUAUUUGUUAACAAGCAUUUAUUUCCUUUUAUGCAUAAAUUUGCUACAGAGCAAGGUGGAUUAUCUGCUGAUGUGAUAAAAAAUGCAUUCAAAGCCACUGAAGAGGAAUUCUAUCGAUUGGUAAAACAAUCAUUGCCUAUAAAGCCACAAAUUGCUUCAGCGGGAUCAUGUUGUCUAGUUGGUGCAAUUUCAAAUGAUGUUCUAUACGUGGCUAAUCUUGGGGACUCAAGGGUUGUUCUUGGUCGAAAAGCUUCGGAGGAUAAGAAAAAGCCAGUGGUGGCAGAGCGCUUGUCAACAGAUCAUAAUGUUGCAGUUGAGGAGGUGAGGAAGGAGGUCGAAGCACUUCACCCAGAUGAUUCACAUAUUGUGAUGUAUACUCGGGGAGUUUGGAGGAUCAAAGGCAUAAUCCAGGUAUCAAGAUCAAUUGGUGAUGUUUACCUAAAGAAACCCGAGUUUAAUAGAGAUCCAAUUUUUCGGCAAUAUAGACACCCUGUUCCUUUGAAAAGGCCUGUAUUAACAGCAGAACCGUCAAUCCUUAUUAAAAAGCUCACUCCACAAGACUUAUUUCUGAUAUUUGCAUCAGAUGGCCUUUGGGAGCAACUGAGUGAUGAGAGAGCAAUGGAGAUUGUUCUUAAAAACCCAAGAGCUGGGAUUGCCAAGAGACUGGUCAAAGCGGCUCUUCAGGAGGUUGCAAAGAAGAGAGAGCUUAGAUACAAUGACAUACGGAAGAUCGAGAAGGGAACACGGCGCCAUUUCCACGAUGAUAUAACUGUGAUCGUAGUUUAUCUGGAUCAGCAGAAAAGCUCCUGCAGGGGUAAAUUUAAACGUAAUGCCAUGGGCAGCACCAGUCCACCUGUUGACAUUUAUUCCUCUAAUGAAGAUGAAGCAGAGGCAGUGCUGCUUCACACACUCACCUGAACAAAAGAAAGCGUUUGAAAAGAUGACAAACUGAACUUUCAAGAAUCGAUUUACCUUUUCUGAAAGAAUUUCAAAGCCAGUUAAGGGUACUGGUGCGAGAGGAUAACCAUUGUGCAUAAAUUUGCGAAUGGCGAGUGCUGAUAGGAAAAAUGCUGCAUUAGACCCCCCAACGAAGUCGAGCCACAAUUUUGUUCACUCUCUUCUUUGUUUACCUAUUUGUCUUGGUUGAUUAUAGUAAACUUCAGGAAGAAUGACACAGUUUUGGAACUUUUGUUUUACUUAUUGACAAAAAAAAUUCAUCUCUUGUGUAAAUUACAGUUUGAUCCUCCGUGAUUGAUAAUCAUUGUUUUUGUAUGA